AAUUUGAAUUUUAGGUUUUGUUUAUUAUUUGUCAACUAAAAUUCUUAUUCGAAAACUGACUCUAGACAAAGCUUUGUUAGCUUGUAUAAUAAUAUUUUCUCGAUUAAUUAGUGAAAACUUUAAAAAAAUAUGUAUAUCAAAAUCAGAAAACUUGGUGUCCUACAAAAUGAAGGGGAAAAAAUUGUCAAUAUUUCAAAAAUGGCUUUAAUUCAGGAACUGAGGAGUUUAAUACAAAAAGAAUUGGGUGUGAAACCUGAAGAACAAAUGCUUCUGUACAAAGGAAAACAGUUGAUCGAUGAUCAUAAAGUAAUGGACUAUGAUAUACAAUUGAAUGAUGUUGUUCAAUUAAUUACCAAAAUAGCCAAGUCAGGAACAGACAGUUGCGAGAAAGAUAAUACCUCUGUACAGAAUAAAGCAGAUAAGAAUGUUACAUUUGUAAACGCUGAAAGUAAAUUUUAUAAAGUUGGUGAUUUAAUCGAUGUUCUCCUUGUCGACAAUGGUGCUUGGUAUGAAGCGUUCGUUUACAAAAUUCUGAAAAAAGAUUCCUGUCAGCACAAUGAAGAACCAAAUGAAGAAGACCUUGUGUUUCGUGUUAGGAACAUAAAAUUAGUUGGGCGGGAUAGAACUCCUUUAGAAAAUUGUUCAAUAAAAUUCACGGAUGAAGUAAUGAGGAUAGAGAAACCUGAAUUACUGGCCGACAAAGCAGAUGGUAAUGUUCACGAUGAAUGUCCAAGAAAAUACCCCUACAAUUGUCUGAAAUGUAAAGAUGUACCAGACAAGAAAUGUCGUGAAUGUGGAUGCAGAGUAUGUUUUGGAAAGGAUAGCUGUGAUACGAUGAUUCUUUGCGACGAAUGUGACUACGGGUACCAUACAUCUUGCCUGACUCCACCUCUAGUGUCUGUUCCUGAGGAUGAUGAGUGGUAUUGCCCUGAAUGUAAGACUGACGACUCAGAAAUAGUUAAAGCUGGUGAGAAACUGAAGAAGAGUACCAAAAAGGCCAAAAUGGCUAGUAACAAGGGUGAAUCAAGUAGGGACUGGGGAAAAGGAAUGGCCUGCGUUGGAAGAACUAAGGAAUGUACUUUAGUGUCCAAAGACCAUUAUGGACCUGUACCUGGGGUCGAGGUUGGAACAUGUUGGAAAUUCAGACUGCAGGUCUCUGAGGCUGGCGUUCAUAGGCCUCAUGUGGCUGGUAUACAUGGUAGGGAAAAUGAUGGUGCCUACAGCCUGGUUCUCAGUGGUGGUUAUGAAGAUGAUAGAGAUGAAGGAGUAGAAUUUUUUUAUACUGGUUCUGGUGGUAGAGAUCUUUCUGGAAACAAGAGAUGUGGAGAACAGAGUUGUGAUCAGAAACUCACCAGGAUGAAUAAGUGGUCAUUAAUCGAACAAAAUCAUUGGCAGAAAGGAAAACCAGUCAGAGUUGUACGUAACUAUAAAGGUGCCAAACAUUCCAAAUACGCCCCUAAAGAUGGGAAUAGGUAUGAUGGGCUGUACAAAGUGGUCCAAUAUUUUCCUGAACGUGGAAAAUCAGGUUUCAUUGUGUGGAAAUACUUGCUGAGGAGGGAUGACCCUGUACCUGCUCCAUGGGAAAAAGGAGGACAAGAAUUGGAAAUGCUUUAUCCUCCUGGUUACUUAGAGGCACAAGAAGCUCAAGAACAGAAAAAAGACAAGGAGAAUAAGUCAAAAUCUCCUGACAAAUCCAAACGUGGUUCGAAAAGAAAAAUUCAAGAUACUUCGAACACCAAACCCCUAACAGAUUUUUUCAAUCGUACUCCUAAAAAGUCAAAGUCCCAAGAAUAUCACUUGCCAAAGGAAGUUACAGAUUUUAUACAAAAUGAUGUGGAAAAUGAAAAAUCAUGGACUGAGUGUGAGGCGGUCCUGAAGGAAGGAAAGCAGAAGUUUUUGGCAAAAGUUGAAGAUGUUUUUAUGUGUAUUUGCUGCCAAGAAGUUCUUUUAAAUCCCAUCACGACGGAGUGUAAGCAUAACAUUUGCAAGGCAUGUUUGAGACGUUCAUUUUCUUCAGAGAUCUACACUUGUCCCCAUUGCAGGCACGAUUUGGGCAAGAAUUAUUCAAUGGAAGUAAAUAAUAAUUUGAGCGGUGCAUUGAAAUUACUCUUUCCCGGUUACGAAUCUGCCAGGUAGGGCUUCCAAGAACUAUUCAAUGAAGCCAAUUUCAGAAGAUGUAUUGAAUAAAGUUAUAUAUCAAAUAGUUUGCUAAGUAGAGAAUGACAGGUCAUGAAGUGCACAUGAAAGUAUUCUUUCUUUUGAAGAAAGUUUAGUUGAAUUGACAUGUUGAAUGGAAAUAUAGCGGGUAGUAAACAUAUUGAUUUUGAUCUGAAAUUGUAUAAAUAGUUUUACCGUUAGCUUAAGAACUAAUGACGAAUUUGUACAGGGUAUUGAAAUAAAAAAACCUUACUGUAUCAAUGUCAGUAAAUCAAGAGUCAAGAGUCUGAGGGAUAUAUUGCAGUAAUUUUAUUAUUGUACAGUAUUUGCAAAAAAAUUCAAAUAACGCGUCAUCAACUUUCACUUUUUGAUCAAAUAUAUUCAGUAGACUAUUAAAAAGAACCGAACUUCUCUCUGUGAUAACUCACUCACUCAAAAUUCAGAUACUACAUUUAUUGUUGAGUAAAUUAUACCAGAUUUUGAUCACUUGAAAUUUUAAUAACAAGGUAUUCCUAAUGAUUUUGAAAAAAAAACAUAUGUUUCUUUCUUAUGAGUAGAAUUCGGAAAUAAGAAUAAUUUGUCAUGAUUCGUAUCAUAUACCUGUAGAUAAUGAGCUGAAGGCAAUUCUACAAAUGGUAUUAAUUUGAGAGAUGUAAUAAGUUGAUGACGCAUCAUUAGAAUUGAAUAAUUUCGUGUUGCUCAAAAUACCUUCUAUAAAUUCGUUAUUACCUCUUAGAUUACAAUAGGAGAAACGAUUUUUUUAUUAUUCAACUGUUAUUACUGUUUAUAUAUAAAUUUUUUUGAAAGUAAUUUUAUAGUCAUUGGGAGUUUCAUUAGUUUGUAUUUAUUAUAUAAGAUGUACCAAUUCUAUACUAUUUAUUCAACUUGGAUUUGUAUCUUUUCAAUAGGAUUAAUUUUAAAAUGUAGACGCAACGAAGUUUAGGAUUGUUAAUACAUAUGAAUGUAUUUAUUUUUCCAUAAAUAAAUGUAUGAAUU